CCACGGACGGCGAACUCCCAACUGAUUCGGGGGAGAAGCCAGCAGGCGUCGAGCAUGCCCGUUGCCCACGACUUAGCACGGGAUGCAAGGGCAGGAGAAUGGCUGUGAAAACUGGAAUCAGGAGAGUGGGGAUGGAGGCCGGCAGCGUGCCCACACAAACAAAGGACUGCGAGCCCGUGUGCGUGCGUUCCGUCUGUGGCCCCGUCUUUGGUAGCCAGACGUACGCAGACGUACCCCAGAGCAGGACAAGCAGGGAGGAAAGCCAGGAUGCAGGCUGCCGGGACGGCGGAGCGGCUGAGGCCGAGGGAGGAGGGGCCAGCGGCAGGAAGAGGGAGUCUCGACCUGUCUCGGAUCCCUUUGUGGCGUUCCACAUCGACAAGGGCCUUGUGAGGAAGUAUAUGAACUCUCUCCUGAUUGGAGAACUGUCUCCAGAGCAGCCCAGCUUUGAGCCCACUAAAAAUAAGGAGCUGAUUGAUGAGUUCCGAGAGCUGCGGGCCACAGUGGAGCGGAUGGGGCUCAUGAAGGCCAACCAUGUCUUCUUCCUAUUGUACCUCCUGCACAUCCUGCUGCUGGACGUAGCUGCCUGGCUCACUCUUUGGGUCUUUGGGACAUCCCUUGUGCCCUUCCUCCUCUGUGCAGUGCUGCUUGGCACGGUUCAAGCCCAGGCCGGCUGGCUGCAGCAUGACUUUGGGCACCUGUCUGUCUUCAGCACCUCCACCUGGAACCACCUGCUACAUCAUUUCGUGAUUGGCCACCUGAAGGGGGCCCCUGCCAGUUGGUGGAACCACAUGCACUUCCAGCACCAUGCCAAGCCCAACUGUUUAGGCAAAGACCCAGACAUCAACAUGCACCCCCUCUUCUUUGCCUUGGGGAAGAUCCUCUCUGUGGAGCUUGGGAAACAGAAGAAAAAGUACAUGCCAUACAACCACCAGCACAAAUACUUCUUCCUGAUUGGGCCCCCAGCCUUGCUGCCUCUCUACUUCCAGUGGUAUAUUUUCUAUUUUGUUAUCCAGCGGAAGAAGUGGGUGGACUUGGCCUGGAUGAUCACCUUCUACGCCCGCCUCUUCCUCACCUACUGGCCGUUUUUGGGACUGAAAGGCGUCCUGGGCCUUUUCUUCCUGGUCAGGUUCCUGGAAAGUCACUGGUUUGUGUGGGUCACACAGAUGAACCAUAUCCCCAUGCGCAUUGAUCGCGACCGGAACAUGGACUGGGUCUCCAUCCAGCUCCAUGCAACAUGCAAUGUCCACAAGUCUGCCUUCAAUGACUGGUUCAGUGGACAUCUCAACUUCCAGAUUGAGCACCAUCUUUUCCCCACGAUGCCUCGACACAAUUACCAUAAAGUGGCUCCCCUGGUGCAGUCCCUGUGUGCCAAGCACGGCAUAGAGUACCAGUCCAAGCCCCUGCUCGCAGCCUUCGCCGACAUUAUCUACUCACUGAAGGAGUCUGGGCAGCUCUGGCUAGAUGCCUAUCUUCACCAGUAACAACCCCCCCCCCCCAAUCUGGAAGAAAUGCCUGUCUUCACUGAUCAUACCAGCCCACCUGGGAGAUGAGUUUCUGGCACCAAAGCAGAGGGGAGCUGGAGGGACAAUGCCACUGUAAUUAUAAUAUUGGGGGGGUGGUCUGAGGAGAUAAAGGCUCAACUCAAACCUUCCCCUUUAUCUUCCCGGCACAGAUCUAAGACCCAAAGGGCUAGGGGGACAUGCCUGCCCCCUGGAGGGAGGGAAGGAGCUACUGGGGCAGAGAUGUGGGAGUUUACUUUCCUUUUUCUAGUUUGGCAGAUACAGAUGCUUGGUGAGCAAUGAGGGAGUCGGUGUUGGAAGAAUAGGGAGGACAUACUGAGCCCCAAAAUCAGUAAGAGAUUUAGCAUUAAAAUUCCAGCCAGGAAAGGGGUGAGCCCAUCUCACUGGUCUACUUCUCAGUGCCUUCUCCACCCUGUACUGUCUGAGGAGAUAGAGUGGCUGAACCUUCCAAGCAAGAUUUAGAUUUGAGGCCUGGCAUAGUGCACCACCUGGGAGGCUCAGCUCACUCUAGGGCUAGGUGAGACCUAGGUCUGCCUCAGGCUCCUGGAGAAGCAAUUUUCCCACUUCCAGAAGCAGGCAGAGCAAAGCCAGGACUGUGGUGCUGGAAACAUCUGACUUUGAAGGAUCCUGGCAUUAUCGAUUUUGAGCUUAUGUUCCAUCCAGGGCACCCAGGGAGCAUUAGGUCGUAGUUCUUGCCAAAAUAGCAAGAAGAGUUACUGGCCAUUCAAAAUCCCCUUCACCUUGGGAUCACCUCUUGUAACCACCACUCAAGGAACAAGACUCCUAGGAUGGAGUCCACGUCUUGAUUCUUCAUCCAUAAACAAGUGAACAGAUGGGGCAACUUCAUCUUCUCCCUAAAAACAAAUGGGGGUUCCCAGUGCUUUCCCUUUGUCUUCCUAUCUGUAAUUCCACGUUUAACAAAGUAGUUAGCACAAGUGACCACAUUGGGAGAUCCUGAACUACAGUCCUAAAGAAUAUAGUAGUUGUUAAGAAAUGUUCUGCAACCUAAAUUAUGUUACAGUAUUACUUCUGAGUGGGAACAGUGAAUUAAAUAUAAUCACUUCACAGUUCUAAACCAGAUAGGAAGAUAAAAACAGUUUGCGAAGUAUCAACUCUGUUCAAGCAUCUUCUCCGCUGGACACCAGGUAGGAAUUUAGGAUAAUCUCUUAAAAAGCCUAUCCAUCUAAUACUGAAAUACAGUUUUUUGGAAAAAAUCUCCUGGUUCUUAAAGGUUAACGUUUAACCCAUCUCUUAAGCAAACAAAGGAAUGAGCCCAGGAGUCUUGCCUUAACCCCCAGGGCUUGUCAUCUGCAUUCACACCCAAAGCCACAGCCUUCCCGCCAGGUGAGGGGGUCAUUUGCCUGUUCAUCAGCACCUACUCUUAAGCAUAGAGCGUUUUGGAUAUGGAGAAGAGGAAACUCAAACUAGAAGGAAAAAGCAGAGCCGUAGAAGAGUCCACAUUUCGUUGUAGGAGAGAAUAAAGGUCAUCUGCAAGUGAGCUGCGAUGGGGUUAGGACAUCACUUGUGGAAAGGCUGUGGGGAUGACUUAGAGGCUUGUCAAAACAAAGAUUAAAGAGACAACAACAGAGGCAGGACGGGUUGCAAAAGAGUUCAGCUCUUCUCCAUUUGGACAGAACCUGGUUUGUAAGAGCCUGGGUAGAAAGACUAGAAGCAGAAUUGAAAAGUUCUUUCAUUGGCUUCCUCACUCCAGAAUAGGUGCUGAUCCUGCCCCAUCCCUCUUGUCCCUACUACCCAAGGUUUAGGAGUCCUGUCACCAGCCUGUCAAGCCAUCUGGCUGCUAAUCUGAGCAAACCCAGCGAGGCGUACUGAGCCAAGUCCAGGUCCUCAAAGCACUUCAACCACUGUGGCCUUCUUUCCUUAACCUAGACCAGUGUAGUCUCACAUGGCCACAGAGGGACACACCAGUGACAAAAAGGCUCAGACUGUUUUAACAGUACGAUGAGUGAUCUCAAAUCCAAGCAAUGACAUGAGAAAACAAGCUUAAAGAGGACAAGUCACCCCCAGUCACAGAUCGUGGCGGCAUACCAACAUCUGAACUCUGUUUUAGAAUUCCAACCUACGUUUUUCUUUGUUAGUCUCAUCUUCCCACCACUUUACUGGAAGCACGUUCUUUGAUUAGGUCCCACAUCUGUAUCCUUUUCGUGUGUGCCAAUUUUGUUACCACAUCCAGACAAGGAAAGCUGAAAAAUAAAGUUCACUUUGACCAAA